GUCGCAAAAGCAUGGUGGAGUAAAUAAAGCAAGUAAAAGCUAACUCCCCGAGCGAGAGGCGAGAGGAGGAGAGAGAAAAAGCGCGGGGGCGCGAAUCGCAACAGCAAGAGCAAGCGCCGCACCCGUCAGGCCGUCACCCUCCCAUCCCGUCGCCUCCUCCCGAUCCCCAAAUCCCUCUUCGCCCAUGGAUCACCACCACCACCACCUGACCCCGCCGCCGUCGCCGAUGGAGAACUCCUCGGCGGCGGGGGCGUCCUCCAAGCCACCCACCCCAGCAUCCACGCUCAACUCGCGCCUCGCCUCCGCGCCCUCAUCCCGCCCAUCCGCCACGCAGUCGCACCCUUCCACGCCCGCAUCUGCGCCCUCGCCGGCCUCCCGCACCGUCUACAGCGACAGAUUCAUCCCCAGCCGCACCGGAUCCAACCUCGCGCUCUUCGACCUCGCGCCCUCGCCCUCCUCCCUCGACGCCGCCGCCAGCGGCCCGGUCACGUCCUCCGGAUCUGCGCCAGCCAUUUCGCCGUACUGCGCGCUCCUCCGCGCCGCGCUCUUCGGGCCCGACACGCCGGACCGGGUGGCGUCCUCGGCCACCGCGUGCUCAUCCUCCUCGUCGGCGGGGGCGUCGUCGGUGGGGACCCCCGCGACCGGGAACAUAUUCAGAUUUAAGGCGGAGGUACCCCGGAAAGCGAAGAGGGCGCUCUUCUCCGGCGGGGACGAGGAGGAUGCGCUGUUCCCCGGGGUGUUCACGACGAGGGGCGCCGGGCCAAGGAAGAUCCCAAGGUCGCCUUACAAGGUGCUGGAUGCGCCAGCGUUGCAGGACGACUUCUACUUGAACCUUGUGGAUUGGUCGUCACAUAAUGUCCUUGCCGUUGGAUUGGGCAAUUGCGUCUAUUUGUGGAAUGCAUGCAGCAGCAAGGUCACCAAGCUAUGCGACUUGGGGGUGGACGACAAUGUUUGUUCUGUUGGGUGGGCUCAGCGUGGCACUCACCUAGCUGUAGGGACAAAUCAAGGCAAAGUUCAGAUAUGGGAUGCAGCUCGCUGUAAAAGAAUAAGAACGAUGGAAAGCCAUCGCAUGCGUGUAGGUGCUCUUGCAUGGAAUUCUUCAUUGCUUUCUUCUGGCAGUCGUGACAAGAGCAUUCUUCACCAUGAUAUCCGCGCUCAAGAAGAUUAUGUUAGCAAACUUACUGGGCAUAAAUCUGAGGUAUGUGGGCUCAAGUGGUCUUACGAUAACCAUCAACUCGCAUCUGGUGGAAAUGAUAACAGACUUUUUGUUUGGAAUUCGCAUUCAGUACAACCAGUAUUAAAGUAUACUGAGCACACAGCAGCUGUCAAAGCUAUUGCUUGGUCACCUCAUCUGCAUGGGCUUCUUGCAUCUGGUGGAGGAACUGCAGAUAGAUGCAUACGAUUUUGGAAUACGACCACAAAUACACACUUGAGCUGCAUGGACACAGGAAGUCAGGUCUGCAAUCUUGUGUGGUCAAAGAAUGUAAAUGAGCUUGUAAGCACCCACGGAUACUCCCAGAACCAAAUAAUUGUUUGGAGAUAUCCAACAAUGUCGAAGCUUGUCACUUUGACAGGACAUGCAUACAGAGUAUUGUAUUUAGCUAUUUCCCCUGAUGGACAGACUAUAGUUACGGGCGCUGGUGACGAAACACUCCGGUUUUGGAACGUGUUCCCAUCUCCGAAGUCCCAGAGUUCUGACAGUUUAAGUUGCGUCGGAGGAACAUCAUUUGUUAGGAGCUACAUCCGGUGACACUGAAAUGCAGUUCCACCAAGCUCGUAAGAUUAUUGAAGCACAAUGUUGAUGAUCAUCGACAUCAUCCACUUGUAACACUCAUGCCACCAGGUCGUCAAUCAUCAAAGCUAGCCAAUUUUAGAGAUAGCACGAUGCAAUGUGAUGAACUGGCUUGCGAAUCUGGGCAUGGCUAUUUUGCUCAAGAGUGUACAUAUUUAUUUGAUGGCGUUGUAGGAGUGGACACUGUGGAUUUGCGGAAGCUGAGUACUAGCGUUGUUGCAUUGAUAAAAAACGCGCCCUCUUGUUUUGUUCCUUUUUCGAGUCAACCUCGACCUGGAACUUUUUUCUGUAAUGUGUUAGCAGUUAACCUAUUCAAAACAUUUACUAACUAAUGACACCCGUUUCAUC